AUGUCAAUUUUAUAUCGUGCUGUAGCAUUGACACUUUUUCUUCUUGUUUAUAUUAUUGGUCUUGUUGGCAAUGGUCUUUUAAUAUUUAUUGUAUUUCGACAAAAAAAUUUACGUACAGUACCAAAUUUACUUGUUGUUAGUUUAGCACUUGGAGAUUUUUUAUUUGUUUUGUUUUGUGUACCAUUUGGAGCUGUUGCUUAUUCAUUAGAAUAUUAUCCAUUUUCAACAUUUUAUUGUCGUUUUGAAAAUUUUAUUAUUAAUCUUUCACUUGGUGUUUCAAUAUUUUCUUUAUUAGCAUUAAGUGCUGAUCGUUAUAAAAUUAUUGUUAAACCAUUUUCAAGUCAUGCUAAUGAUCCUUCGAUUAAACUUAAAACAGUUGUUAUAUCUAUUUGGCUUUUAUCAAUGAUUCUUGCAUUACCAGAAACAUUCUAUAGUGGUCUAAUUAUGGAAACUUAUAACCAACCAAAUAACAAAACAAUUCAACUGAUCUAUUGUUGGAGUCCAAAUGAAAGUGAUCUACUAGCAAAUCAUAAAUUUAUGAUUAGCCGACAAAUUAUGCGUGUUAUUAUUUAUUAUAUAAUGCCACUUAUAUUUGUUUCAGUAUUUUAUAUUCUUAUUGCAAAACAUUUAUUUCAAACAAAAAGUGUUAUUAUAACACAAAAAACAACGCAAACAUUUGCUAAUGAAGUAACAAAUAAUACUAAACGAGGACAAAUUGCAUUUAAAUUAUCAAAACGAUCAUCUCAAACUAUACAAUCAUCAAAUAGUAAUAAUCAAGAACAAGACCGACAAAAUGAAUUAAAUAAUAAUUAUAAGAAAAAAGUUCCAAAUCGAUCAUUACCACUUGACAAUGAAGAUUUAAGAAAUAUACAUAAUUCUUCUGUCGCAUUACAAAAAAAGCCUUCAUCAGCAUCAUUAACAAGUAAUAUACGACGUCAACGAAAUCAUUCAUUAGGAAGUUCAUCUAUAAAUAACAGUACUAAUAAUAAUAUGACUAUUCAUGCAUUAUAUAAAGAUGUAAAAACGAGAAAACAGUUACGAGCACGACAUAAAGUUGCUAAAACUGUACUUUUUUUAUGUAGUGUCUUUUUUAUAUGUUGGUUACCCAAACAAAUUCAUGAUUUAUAUUGGUUUAUCGGUGUUAUUGUUUAUUCAGCACGUUGGAAUCAUUUUUGGCAAUUUAAUAAAACAUUAGCACUUAUUUUUUCUUAUACUUAUUCAUGUAUCAAUCCAUUUGCACUUUAUUUUCUUUCAUCAACAUUCCGUCAUUUUUAUAAACGUUAUUUAUUCUUUUGGACAAAUACAUCAUGUUGUUCUUCGAAACGUCGUCUUGUUAAUAAUACCCAACGACGUCGUACUGGUGACAUGGGUACAGUUAGUGAUUUUCCACAUCGUUCAUCAACAAAUAAUAUAACAACAAUUUGUUAUGUUUUAAAUCGAGCAAAAAGUUCAAGUCUUUUUCAACAACAACCAAGUCCUAUACGAAUGCAUCGAUGUAUGGCUCCAGAUGCAAUAUCAACAGAAAGUGGAACACAAAAUAAUGUAACCAUUGGUCAAUCACCAGCAACAAGCGGAAGUUAA